AGCCGUUUUGGCCUAAGCUGUAAGGCACGGUCGUAGAGCGCACAGACCGCGCGGCUUCAGGGAGCGAUGGGCAAGUACUCCAGGGAGGCGGCCAACCCCAGCAAGGCCUGCAAGGCCAAGGGCGUGGACCUCCGCGUCCACUACAAGAACACGUACGAGGCCGCCCAGGCGAUCAAGGGCAUGAACCUGAAGGCCGCACAGUCGUACUUGCAGGACGUGUGCGAGAAGAAGCAGUGCGUCCCCUUCAGGAAGUACACCAGCUGCAUCGGGCGCACCCCCCAGGCGAAGGCGUUCAAGAUGUCUCAGGGCCGGUGGCCAGUGAAGUCCGCGAAGAUCCUGCUGGGCCUGCUCCAGAACGCGGAGAGCAACGCCGACUUCAAGAACCUCGACACGGACAACCUCUUCGUCAAGCACAUCCAGGUGAACCCCGCGCAGCAGGGCCGGCGCAAGACCUAUCGGGCCCACGGACGCAUCGGGCCGUACAUGUCGAACCCGUGCCACAUCGAGAUGAUUCUGGAGGAGAAGGACGAGUCUGUGGAGGCUCCCGCCGAGGAGACGAAGCCGAAGAAGUUCACCAAGAAGCAGAUGGCCAAGCGCCGCCUCCAGAUCGGGGGGGGCGCGUGAGAGCGCUCUCUGCCUGCGGGGGCGGCGCGUCCGCCGGGGAUGCCCGCGCCCGAGGGAGCCGGUGCGCCGCGGUGCAGCUCGGACCCCUCACUGGCCCAUCCUCUCUCCUCCGGGCCGCCCAACGUGGGGUCUCAGACGGGGCGCCCGAGGAGGAGGAGGAGGAGGAGGAGGAGGAGGAGGAGGAGGAGGAGGAGGAGCUCGGCCUGCUCCCUCCCGACGCCGCCGAGGCACAUCGCCGAGGCAGCGGCGGUGCGGCGCCGGCCUUUCGGCCCCAUCCGCUCCGGCCCCGCACUGUCGGCCUCGCAUCCCCGCCUCCCUCGCC